UCUUCAGAUCUCUUGGCCGUGUCUAGAUUCUUCUGUCAUUGCGAGGAGCACCGACCUUACCUGGAAAGAACCACGCGCCAGACGAGAGUCUACCGCAAGCCAUGUCUGCCGCACCACCCCCACUUACACUGACCCAGGUCGCUGCCAUCGGCGAGAACAAGGGUCCAACGCUCAUUGCCGUCAGCGCCCUCUUCAUUGCGAUAUGCACAGUCACCGUCGCCCUUCGCUUUGCCGCCAGGGCCAGCCGUAGCAUGAAGUUCGACUGGGACGACUGGAUGUCUGCCGUGUCACUAGUUUUGGUAAUCUUGUAUUGCGUGACUUGCAUCAUUUCUGUGCCUUAUGGCGUCGGAAAGCACACCUGGGCAGCUGAUCCCACCGAGGUCUGGCGGAUUAUGGAGAUUGCGUACUUCAAUGCGCUCAUCUACUUUACGACACAUUUCUUCAUCAAGAUUUCCAUCCUCUUGUUCUACAAGCGCAUCUUCACGCUCAACGUAAAAUGGUUCAAGUGGUGUGUCUACGCACUCGGCGUGUACACGGUUGGCUGGUACAUUGGCUGCUUCUUCGCCGCCAUGCUUCAAUGUGUUCCGCCGUCCCUCUUCUGGGAACGCUUCAAGCCAGACGGUGACAUGUCGGGCGUCUGCGCGGUUGACAACCCGGCGCUCGUGAUCUCGUCCAGCGCACUCAACACCGUCGGGGAUGUCCUCAUCUUUGCUUUGCCCCUCUUCAUGCUGUGGCAGCUGCAACUGAAGAAGUCGCACAAAUACGCGCUAAUUCUGGUGUUUGCCACCGGCGCCUUCGCCGUUGCUGCUGGUUGUGUUCGUCUGGACUCAUCUGUCCAGGCCAUUGAACUCGAUGCGGACACGACAUGGAUCACCGCCGACAUCUACAUGUGGACGGCCGUGGAAGCAGGCGUGGGGCUUAUCUGCGCCUGCCUUCCCGUUAUUGGCCCUCUGUUCGGUCUGGUUAAGGACCGCGUUUCGUCCUACAUCAUCUCCAGGAGUUCCAAGCGCGGCCUGCGUGCCAGCACAAGCGACGAGGAGUCCAAGAUUGGCUACAAGUCCGCGUCGGGCCGCCCAAGCAACGUGUCUUCGUCAAGGGACAGUCGCUCGGCCCCAUCGGUUGAGAACGUUGGCAUGGCGCACAGCUCGCCAGUCCCACGACCAACCCAGUCUGGUGCUGGUGCACGCGGCAUCGUCAGGACGGACGAGUAUUCUUGUGAGAGCCGCCCGAGAGUCGAGCCCUCAAGCCCAGUCUGAAGAGGCAUGUUGGGAUGUUUCUGGACAGGCUUUCUGAGAAAGCUUCGAUGGGUACAUAGGAACGCGUAGACGUGGAGGCCGCCGCUAGAGUGCGCGGUGGUCUUUGCAUAACAGACUUGCUAGAAUUAGAAUCGCGCGAAUUGGCAGGACGCAUGUGUCAUAAAGCAAUGUAGAUGCCGGUGCCGAGUCGUGCAUUGUGUGUGUGAUGACAA